AGAUACAAGGGUAAACAUAACAGACUAAUCCGCUUUAAUUUGUUAGGUACUCUUAGAUAAGGAUAUUUGAAACAGGUCUUCAUUCGACAGAUAUUUUUAAUCUUUAUUUUGCCGAUUCAUCAGCUAGAUUUGUAUCGUGUCCUUGGUAGUUUCUUUAUUUGUGGGUUUUGUCGUAAACGAUACAAAACAAUGGAUUCUGAAGAUAAGAUACUGGCUGUAAGGGAUCCAACCCCUUUGGAAAAAGAAGUUGCGAAGUGUUUGCUCUAUAUUCAGUCCUCUGGAAAUGCUGAUCUUAAGGGCGAUGUCAAGAAGAUCGUUGUCUCAUCCUGCAAAGAGGUCGAGAUCGGUUCAUUGAAGAAGAGUGCCGUUGUCGUAUUUGUGCCUUACAGGGUCUAUCAAAAUCACGUUCGUCGCAUUCAUGGAAGGCUUGUCAUCGAACUUGAGAAGAAGACAAAGAGGCACGUAGUUAUAAUUUCUCAGCGCAAUAUUAUGGCUAAAGAUGCAAAGACGAAGGCUUUCAGAAAGAGGCCAAGAAGUCGCACCCUGACGAGUGUCCAUGAGGCUAUUCUUGAGGAUAUCGCAGCUCCUACUGAAAUUGUCGGGAAAGUGACUCGUGUAAAGCAGGACGGUACUCGUGUCUUGAGGGUCUUUUUGGAUCCAAAGGAUAGGCAAAACGACAAUCUCGAAGACAAGUUGGAGACCUUCUCCGCAGUCUACAAAAAACUAACCAACAAGGAAGCCGUUUUCUCAUUUAAGAACACUCCUUAAUUCUUUAAAUUUUUCACCACAUA